AAAGAGGAAAUCUCUCCUAACCAACGAACAGUCUACACUUAUAUUGUUCAAACGUAUAAAGUAUACGUGUAAUAUCACUUGUUUCCGAAUAUUGAUUUGAUUAUUCUACAAUAUAUAUUAUACAAAAUGGAAGAUCCUUUGAAUACUACUAUUGAUUCUUCAAACAAAAACACAUUGGAAGACGAGGACCUCUUUAUAGGUUAUAAGAACUGGGAUCGACUAGUCGCUGCUGCUUCUACUAUAGGUUAUAAAGAAGGCAUAGAAGAUGGGCAAGAAUCGGUGUUUCAAGAAGGAUUUGAUAUGGGAUAUAGAGAUGCUUUUAAUAAUGCAUUUAAAUUAGGAAAAUAUAAAAGUCUAACUAGUUCUAUAGAAGAAAAUAUUCAACUUCCCUCGGUUGUAAAAACUAUACUAAGUGAAACUAAGAAAGGCAUGUGUUAUAUAUGUAAUGAAGAAUCGUUAAGUAAAAACGUUGAUAGACAGAUAGAAGAUGAUCUAUUUGUGGAUAUUGUAGAAAAGCAAAAAACACAUUCUAAGGAUGUUAUUGAAAUAUUACAUCAAAAUCUUGAAUCGGUCUUGAUAAAAAAUAAUAUUGAUAUUCAUGGUUCAGUUUUGGAUACAUAAUUCUCGCGUAUGUAUAAUAACAAUUUAAGAUAGAUAAUACUAUGUUAUUAUAUAUGUUAUUAAAAAAAUGUAUUAAUAAACGCUGCAGAGUAUUUAUCGUUAAUAAGUUUGUAUUGACACGAAUGACGUUUUUAUAUUAGCAGUAAAUAAAGAAUAAGAUACAUAAAUAA